UUAUGGGCAUUUUGGUCUGAUGAAGGUCAGUUUAAUCAAGGUGCUUUACUAGCAGUGAAUCUCGGUGAUGAUACAGAUACAACGGCAGCCAUUUAUGGUCAAUUAGCUGGUGCCCACUACGGAUUAUGUCGAUUACCACAGGAUUGGGCAAGUAAGAUUUAUGCUGCCCAGUUCAUAGUAUCAAUUGCCGAAUGGUUGGAUUAUGAAGGCUAUCAAUGGUCAAAAACUGAACCAGCUGCAGAUCUGCCACUAUCGAGAAAUAAAUUAAUACCAUCAGAAAAUACUAAUAGUAGUAGAAAUGCUAAUAGUUAUACCACAAUGAAUCAAAGCACACAUCCGACUGUUCGAAAAAUUACUAAAUAUUAUCUUGACCAUAGCUUUAACAUUAAGCGAUCAACUAGUCGUCAUCAGGUGUUACAACUACCAAGUCGGUCAAGGUUGCGAACAAACGUUAGCGAUGAACCAGGCAAGAACGUGAGUUGUGGUUUGUUUCUCGUGUAA